GUUCAAAAAUAUAUUUAAAAAUCUUCUGUAGAACAACCGACUGUUGUACAGAUGGACGCUUCAUUGGUGGAGUUGAUGUGCUUUUGUUUUAGCAACAAAAGGAGUGUUAAUUCAGAGAAGUCUCUAUAUGUGGUCCAGUUUACAUCUUCCAAAAUUACCACCGGCAUUUGAACGCAUCACUCCUGAAGUGGUUUACUUUAGGUUCUCUCGGAAAAAGCAGUGAGGACAUAACCACCGCAGGAAUUCCGUUCACGGUCCGGACAAUAACUAGAAAACUACAAAAGAAUCCCUCUGAUCGAGUUUAAGUCGGUUUUUUGUUGUUCUUGUUUUCUUUAUUUUUUAGAAACCGUUCGUUCCACGCAGGUUCAGAGGAAAUUGGCUUUCUUUUUGGCAUUGGAAGAUAAUGGCGAAGCUUCCCGGAAGCGCAGGUGUAUCGCUGUUCGGCGACAAGUCUCUAGAGUUCUACCGGGACCCGGUGAGCUUCUGCCAGCAGAGGAUCCACAAACACCGGGGCCGAGUGUUCCAGAGCCGCCUGCUGAACAGACCCACGGUGUUCGUCUGCUCCGUCAGGGGGAUGAGAGAGCUGCUGGGUGAAAAGAACCACAUCUUUUUGAAGGAUCCAACUGAUUUGAUGACCAACAUGUAUGGAGACACCAUUGUUACCACCAACGGUGAGGAGGCCUGCCUCCUCCGUCUGUCUCUCACCAGCUUGUUCAGAGAAACAUCUCUGGAGUCUACACGGGAAUACGUCUCCAGUGUGUGUGAGCGCUGUCUGAAGGACCUCUCCCUGAGAGGUCAAUCAGAGUGUGUGUACUCAGUUUUUAAGCGUCUGGGGACCGAGUUGGUCUUAGGCCUUUUUCUGAACAUACGAGCAGAAGAACAGCCGGAUCUUUUCCAGGAAAUCAUGCAGCUUUGCACCCAGCACUGGCAUGGUCUGAUCUCUGCUCCGGUGAACCUGAAAGUUCCUCUGUGGUCGUCAGGUUUCUCCACAGCUCUGGAAGCCAGAGACAGACUGAUGGACAUCAUCAAAGACAAGUUGGAGAAUGACACAGAGGGUUUUCCUGUCACUCUCUCCUCUUUGCCGCUGCCUGAUUCCAGUGCUGCAGCCCAACACCUCCUGCUGUUUAUCUCAGCCCUCAUUCCCAAAGCUCUGGCCUCCCUGCUCACCUCUUUCACUCUAGUCCUCAGUGCAGACGAGCAGGUGGAGAGUCGUCGCCGCGCCGUAGAAGACUCUGACUUCCUGCACACCGUCCUGCUGGAGGUGCAGAGACUGUGGCCGCCAUUCAUUGGAGGACGAAGAAUAGCUGAUCAGGACACAACCCUCGCUGGGUUUGAGAUUCCUAAAGGCUAUGGGGCAAUUUUCAUCAGCCACUCCGUCCAUCGGGAUCCAGAGGUGUUCCAACAGCCGGACAGCUUCCUGCCGGAACGAUGGAGUGGAAGGAAUGCUGGACAGGAGGGCUUUCUUUGUUCUUUCGGCAAUGGACCUCGGAGCUGCAUCGGAUCCAAGCUCACCGACAUUUUCUUAAAGGAAGCCUGCAUGUUCCUGUUGAAGCGUUAUGACUGGCGGUUGGACCCUCCAUCGCAAGACCUCACGUACAAAUGGCUGCCCGUGUCACGCCCAGCCAACCCUCCCACUGUGUCCUUUACUCAAGUGGAUCAGUCCGUAUCUGACAGAAGGAAUGCCAGGGACGUUAUAAAUAAUGGACCUGUUGUGUGCUAAAACAAGUAUAUUGGUUAUAUUAGCGUGUGUGCAUGAAAAUCUGGAGAGUUCCUGAAGACACAAAGAGGGAAACCUUCAAACUGUGAGGCUUUCCCCCCGCUGUGUAAAACUCUAUAAUCAUUCCGGGGAAAGCCAAAGAGGGCGCUGGUUCUACAAUAAAAGACUGCCAGAUAUUCUGUGGGCUCUCUUGAAGCGGUGCAAACACAGACGAAACAAAUGAGUCAUUCUAACAACCCCAAAUCUGCCGCUGCUGGAUGCAUUCUUCAUGAAAUUACUUAAAUUUAAGUUUGCUUUUAAAAAAUAUGGCAAUCUUUGUAGGACAUAUUUCAAAUGCUGUAAUCCAUUAUAUAUAAGAAAUUCUGCUUCAUAGUUGAUCCAAAAAUAAACCUCAAUUCCUCCCCCAUGCAGGGGCUGAAAUUAGAAACUCACUGCAGCAACACACAUGUCACGUGCGCUCAUAAAAAUGUAGGUAAACCCUCAGAUUCUAUCACUGACUGUAAACCUGUCUCAACCCUCCACCCCCUAGCAACCACCACUGCUUAGCAACAAUUCUUCACACCAACACCGAGAUGCUUCCGUUUAGUAUGCAAGUCACACCCGCACACACUAACCUGGUUAUUUUUAAAAAGCGUUCACCUGACAGACACACUGCCUGAAUCCUUUGUAAAAUGUGACAAAAGGCAUUUCAUUUUUACAGUUUAAACAGAAGAAUUUAUAUUGUCAUUUUUGUCUUUUGUGCUGUGGAAAUCUGUAAUCAUUUAUGCUUAACUUAUGUGCUGUGUACCAACUAUUAAGAAUAUUCUGUAUUUAUUUUGUUUAAGAUUGUCUGACUAAAAUUUACAAUCCUCA